UCAGGUGGGUCUGCUGGAGCUUCAAUGGGAUCCACUGAUGAUGAUCAGCUGUGCGGUGGACGGCAUCUUUGUGACGGAUAUGGUGAUCCAAUUCUUCACCAUGUAUCCCAAGACCACAGCGCGAGGCAUCCAAUGGGAAGAUAGCUUGCAGAAGAUCGCCAGAAAGUAUGUCACGACGUGGUUUCCCAUUGAUUUGAUCACCAUCAUCCCGUUCGAUAUCAUCGAACUGGCCUCCGGCGCGGAUCACAUGGGUGCCUUCAAGGGGACCAAGGCCAUUCGUGCUUUGAGGUUAUUAAAGUUGAUGAGAAUCCUGAAGAACCUCAAGUGGCUUCAUAAGUUUGAAAUUGCCGUGUCCAUCCCCUACCAACAGUUCGCCUUGGUUCGCUUCCUCUUUGUCUUGCUGAUCGUUUGUCAUUGGCUGGCUUGUGUUUGGGCGAUGACUCUCCAGCUCAACGACCCCUUGGCCGAGCCUCCCAUCCCCACCUGGAUCGAGGAGGUUGAGGCCGCCGACGCGGAGGAUCGGACGGAACCCAUGCGUUUAUAUCUCACUGCCUUCUACUUCUGCAGCUACACCAUGACCUCAGUGGGCUACGGCGACAUCUUCCCACGGAACAUUGUGGAGCGGGUGGUGUGCACGAUGAUCAUUUUGACCGCGGGGCUUUGCUGGGCCUAUGUCCUGGGUGAGGUCUGUGCCAUCGUCAGUGACAUGAAUAGCGAGACCCAGGCCUUCCGGAAGAAGAUGACGGAUUUGAACACCAUGAUGUGGGAGCAAGGCUUACCAUACGAGCUCCGCUGCCGUUUGCGCAGCUUCUUCCUGCAGAACCGACACCAGGCAUUGCAUGUGACCCGCCAAAGGCUGCGAGACUCGAUGAGCCCUCAACUGCAAUCCGAGGUGUGCAUUGCUUUGAACCUGGCAUGGAUCCGCAAGGUGACCUUCUUUUCGCAGUUCAUGGAGUUAAUCGAAGAGACCGAGGAGCGGGGCUUGGACGUGGAUCCCUUCCGUAUGUGCAUUGCAGACAUCUCGCGCGAGCUGGAUUGCGGGGCCUUUGCGCAAGGGGAACGCUUCGACAACGUGCAAGUGCUCUACAUCUUGUCCAAGGGCUUGGUGGCGCUGAACAGCCGCGUGGGUACGAAUGGCGCCGUGUGGGGAGAGGACUUCGUCUUGUCGGACAAGAGUCUGAUUCGCCCGGUGCGCGGCUUCGCGUUGACCUACUUGGAGGUCCUGCACCUAACUCGUGCGAACUUCAUGAAGGUCAUCGAGCGCCGCAGGUUCUCUUGCCCUCAGCUGGGGCAGAUUGUGCGGAAGUUUUGCGUUCGCCUAGCAGCGAGGAGGGGCAUCUUGCAACAUGCACAGCAGGCGCAGAAGCUCAUGGAGGCCGCUGCGGCCUCCGAAGCCAUGCGCUCUGCACAGCUGGAGACUUCGUCCAUCGCGGCCGUCGCCCACGGUGGGAGCUCGCCCACCUCGCCCACGAGCUUCCCAUCUCCUGCGCCGCCAAGGAUUUCCAAAGAGAUGUUGGCGAAGCAGCAGUCCUUUGGGAUGGUUCCUGGACAGCUGGAAGACUUCUGAGGGGAGCAUCGGUGAAGAUCGGAAGUGAACAUCGCGUUUCACCCGGAAAAAAACGGCGCUGGAGCAGAUGAUCCUCCAUUGCUGGCGGCCUGUUUUGGGGGAGAGAAGGACGGUACUAGUCAUGUUUCUGAGGACAGGAAGCAUGGCCAUGUUGCUGCCAGCAUCUCAGAGGUGCCAUGGGACGGCUAAAGUCGUCCGUGCCACGAGCGAACGUACGGUGCAAAGCCACAGUGUCGAGGUCUAUUUCGCGCCGAAGCUGCAGAUUAUAGUUUAUGCCAGGCGAUGCCAGGCAUUCGAG